GCCCCCCGGCGACCGCGAGUAGCGGGCGGAGCGCAAGCAGAGAGGAGCGCUGGGCUGUGCGGCACCGCCUCUCCUCGGUGCCGGGGGAGGGAAGGAGGGACCGACCGGGAGAGAGAGGGAGCCCAACCGACCGGCUGGCGAAGAGCUGCAUGCAACCGGUGGGAGGCCGGGCCGGUUGGGGCUGGCGCUGGGGCUCGGGCUCGGACCGUUUCCCCGCACGUCCCUGGCGGUGAGCGCGGACGGCCCGGAGGCGGCGGCUCUGAGCUGGCAGGCGGAGGGCUGUCUCCCGCGCCCGCCUGCCCGGCGCGGUCCGAGGAUGCGGGGGGGCGAUGCCCGGGGCCAGGGACGCGCUCUGUCACCAGGCGCUGCAGCUGCUGGCCGAGCUCUGUGCCCGUGGGGCCCUGGAGCACGACAGCUGCCAGGAUUUCAUCUACCACCUGCGGGACCGUACCAGACCCCGGCUCCGCGACCCAGAUAUCUCAGUGAGCCUGCUGACCCUUGUGGUCACUGCCUGUGGUCUUGCUCUUUUUGGCGUGUCUCUCUUCGUGUCUUGGAAACUCUGCUGGGUUCCGUGGCGAGAACGAGGCCUGCCCUCUGGUAGCAAAGACAACAACCAGGAGCCUCUUAACUACACGGACACAGAGACCAAUGAGCAGGAGAACAGCGAGGACUUCCUAGACCCUCCCACACCCUGCCCUGACUCCUCCAUGAAGAUCAGCCACACCUCCCCUGACAUUCCCCUCUCCACCCAGGCAGGGGUUCAGGAGAACUGUGCCCAUGGCAUCCGCGUGCAGCGCCAAGUCACAGAGCCAACCUCGUCGGUUCGGCAUAAUUCAAUCCGAAGACAACUCAACUUGUCAAACCCGGACUUCAAUAUCCAGCAACUUCAAAAACAGGAACAGUUGACUGGAAUUGGUAGAAUUAAACCAGAGUUAUAUAAGCAGAGGUCCUUGGAUAAUGAUGAUGGGAGACGGAGUAACAGCAAGGCGUGUGGGAAACUGAACUUCAUUUUAAAAUAUGACUGUGACUUAGAGCAGCUCAUAGUGAAGAUUCACAAAGCUGUCAAUUUGCCUGCCAAGGACUUUUCUGGGACUUCAGAUCCUUAUGUGAAGAUCUAUUUGCUUCCUGAUAGGAAAACAAAACACCAGACUAAAGUUCACAGAAAGACCCUGAACCCUGUGUUUGAUGAAGUGUUUUUAUUUCCGGUUCCCUACAAUGACCUUGAAGCACGGAAGCUUCACUUCUCUGUGUACGACUUUGACAGGUUCUCUCGUCAUGACUUAAUUGGCCAAGUGGUGGUGGAUCAUUUCUUAGACUUGGCUGAUUUCCCCAGGGAGUGCAUCCUUUGGAAGGAUAUCGAAUAUGUCACCAAUAAUUUCCCUCUAAGUCUGGAGUACGAUGGCACGAUCUUGGCUCACCACAACCUUCGCCUCCGAGGUUCAAGCUGUUCUCCUGCUUCAGCCUCCCAAGUUGCUGAAAAUACAGGUGCCCACCAUCAUGCCUGGCUAAUUUUUGUAUUUUCAGUAGAGAUGGGGUUUUACCAUGUUGACCAGGCUGGUCUCAAACUUCUGACCUCAAGUGAUCCACCCGACUCAGCCUCCCAAAGUGCUGGAUUACAGGUGUGAGCCACCGUGCCCGGCUGGGAACAAUAUUUUCUUUGUUAUAGGAAUUAAUAGGAGAAAGAUGAGAGCAAAUUUAGUUAAUAGGAAAAAGAUGAGAGCAAAUUCAGUUAAAAGGAAAAAAUGAGAGCAAAUUCAGUUGGUUUUUUUUUUUUAAGUUUGUAGAUUUGGAGAAGUGUAAAGAUAAAACAUAUACAAAUGUGCAAAAGGGAUAGCAGGGUUUGUUUUUGUUUUUGUUUUGUUUUGUUUUGUUUUGAGACGGAGUUUCGCUCUUGUUACCCAGGCUGGAGUGCCAUGGCGCAAUCUCAGCUCACCGCAACCUCUGCCUCCUUGGUUCAAGCAAUUCUCCCGCCUCAGCCUCCUGAGUAGCUGGGAUUACAGGCACACGCCACCAUGCCCAGCUAAUUUUUUGUAUUUUUAGUAGAGACGGGGUUUCACUAUGUUGACCAGGAUGGUCUCGAUCUCCUGACCUCGUGAUCCACCUGCCUCGGCCUCCCAAAGUGCUGGGAUUACAGGCUGGAGCCACUGCGCCCGGCCAGCAGGGAUUUUUUAUAUUGAGGAGCAAUACCAGACAACCGGUGGUAGCUGACUAAUGUGUUAAGAAGGAUUUAGAAGCAAUAUCAAGGUUCAGCAAAUGAGAAGACCAGGAUCUAGGACAGUGUCUGCCACAAGUUUUAGACCGCCAGUUACCUUCUAUUAUUUCAGCUAAUUUUCUCUAAUUGUAUGUAUUGUAAGUAAUCUCAUGUAUUUGUUUUGCACACACAUAUUCUCUACCUAUAAUAAUUUCGUUUUCAUUUCUCUUUAACUAAAUGCUAUUCACAAGCCCAGGUGUUUGAGACUAACCUGGGCAAUAUGGUGAAACCCCAUCUCUAUCAGAAAAAAAAAAACAAUAAUAAUGCAAAAUUUAGCCAGCAUGGUGGCAGGUGCCUGUAGUUCUGCUUAUUUGGAGGGCUGAGGUGGGAGCCUCACCUGAGCCCAGGGAGGUCAAGGCUGCAGUGAACUAUGAUUGUGCCACUGCACAUCAGCCUGGGGGACAGAGUGAGACCCUGUCUCAAAAAAAAAAAAAUUUAUUUACAUUAGAGGCCCUCAUUAAGCAAGCCCUCUAUAUAUGCACCCAAAAUAGAUUAGAUGCUUCUUGUGUGCUCUUCAAGCAUCCUUUAUGUCCCUUUUGACCACAGUUAUCACAUUAGAUUGUAAAUACCUAUGUAUCUCUGCCUACCCUGCUAGAAUAGUUGCUCCUUUAAGAGAAAGUCUGUAACUGUAUUCUUAGUAUUUAACCUAAGAGGUGGAUAGUAAAAUUAUUUUUAAGUGAAUCAGUGAAAUGAAAAUAGCUCCAAUGUGGCGUGUGAAUCUUUUUUUUUUUUUCUGAGACAGAGUUUGGCUCUUGUUGCCCAAACUGGAGUGCAAUGGCUCCAUCUUGGCUCACCACUACCUCCGUCUCCUGGGUUCAAGCAAUUUUCCUGCCUCAGCCUCCCAAGUAGCUGGGAUUACAGGCAUACACCACUAUGCCCCAUUAAUUUUGUAUUUUUAGUAGAGAUGGGGUUUCUCCAUGUUGGUCAGGCUCGUUUUGAACUCCUGACCUCAGGUGAUCUGCCUGCCUCAGCCUCCCAAAGUGCUGGGAUUACAGGUGUGAGCCACCACGCCCAGCCGUGAAUCUUAAAUUGGAAUUCCUGGAAGCAGAAGCUGAGAUGGAUUCUUGUGCAAGUGAUUUGUUGAAGAACUGCUCUCAAGUGAAACCCAUACGGAAUAAAGGGAGGCAGGUGGAUGACGGGAAAGCUUCAUCAUCCACCUAGGCAAAGGUGUGUCAGCUAAAGCCUUUCCUGAGUCUGAUCCCACAAGGAGCUCUGGAGCACGAAGAGCACCACUGAGGUAUCCCACCCUGAGACAAGGGGGCCCCCAUUUUACCCUGUGCUAGUCUUUCAUGGGCUGUAGGCCACCUCUGGGGAAGGGUAUUACUUGUUUGUCAUUUUCUAGGUGGUUCUCAGGAAAUAUAGAGCCAUGAACUGUUUGCAACCAAUACUCAGCAGCUAAGGAAAGGGUGCACUGGCUUGGUCAAAGGGGAUGUAGGCAGGGCACAGUGGGGUCUAAUGCAGUGUGAUAGGACAGUGGGAAUGGGGUUAUGGAAUGUAGGUGGGACCCUGAAUCCCAUGACCUCUGAGAUAUAGGAAAAGGAAGGAGAAAGAGAAAAGGGAUCCUCUUCCUCCUCACCUCCCACCCACUCCUUUCUUAGGCGAGAGUGGGCUUGCCGCCUUGGCGUUGUGGCUACCAAAGACAGGUGUCUGCACUGCAGGCUGGAUGCUCCUGAGGGGGAGGCUGGCUUUGCAGAAAGCUGAGCGGGACUCUUGGCUGUAUCCCCUUCACACAGUUAAAGUAUCCCUUGGCUGAAUACAUGGGGACAGCUGAGCUAGAUGAAAAAACAAAUCUUGUACAAACCGGGAAGAGCUGUAAAAGAACUGAGUUGUCAAGGACAGCAAUUUCAUCUCUGAAGAAAGGUGAGGCCAGUAAGGGAGAGCAUUCCCCUGGGACUACAGUUAAUGAUCUUCUACCCGUGGAAGCAUUGCUAUCCAAAAUAGCGAGCCAGUUUCCUGAAAGAAAGCCUUGUCCCAUGAAUUGGCAUUUGCUUGCUUGGAAAAUGAGUUUUCAACCUUUCGAGAAUUGAAACAGUCUGUGGUAUUUACAAUACAGCCUAACUGUCCAGUAGCUAAGUGUAGUCUAAUUCUGACAGAUGGCUCUCCAGGGAAAUUUUCUUUCAUAUUGGAUUAUUCUUCCAGGCUGAAAUGCACUAAUUAAGGGAAGUCUAAAUAAACAUAGUGGAGGAGUGAGAGGGAGGAGAAAGUAGUCUGUUUCUUAGGAAGCUCUUUUGGAAAGUGGCCAUGUUUGCAAUCUCUAUCUUUCUAGCUCUACACACUCAGCUACAUGGAGAAUCUAGGCCACUGCUUUGCUGAAGACAUGGUCUGCUGGAUCAAGGGCAGUCGGCCUUCAGCAAGGAGCUAUGACUUUGUUUUCUGCAAGGCCCUGGCUCUCUAACCUGGUCUUCUCCUGUGUUACCUGUCUUGGAAUGUAACUUCCAGAAUAAAUAUGUCUUUAAAAUGAGCAUGGCUGACUUUAAAAGCUGAACUGAUUUACGAAUUUGGCUGUGAUAAACAUUGCUAACCUUCUUUUGUUUUAAAGUAUUUAAUAUGUAAAGAUAUUCCUCUAUUACACAUUUCUUAAUGCUUACCAGUUUGAGACCUAAAUAGCUAUAUGACAGGUACAUCUGGCUAUCAGAUAUGAAAGGAUGGAUUUUGCAUGAAUGGGUUGAGAAAAUAAUUCGGAAGUCUGAAAGUGAGUUAUGGGUCAGGUAGUUGUCUCUAUCAUUAUUAAAUGUUUUUGAAAACUCACUGUCUGCCAGGAAAUGUAUUGGACAUCAAGUACAUAAUGGUCCCUACUGUCUUAAGGCUUAUGGUUUUGAUAAGAUGGGAAUGUGAGAAGAAGGGACUGAUCGUGAAGCAAAACAUUGCACAGAUACUUAUUCACAUGUGUGAUUGGUGCUGCAGAGGAAACAUAGGCAAGUGCUCCACGCAACACCUAAGUUGGUCUGGUACGUUAAAGAAGGAUGCUUGGAGGAAAUAACAUUGAAGCUGAGAUAAAAGGAUGGUUAGGCAUUUGCCUCAAGAAGGGCAGAGUCCCACAGGAAAGGAAUUGGAAUGUGCGAAGGCCCUGAGGCAGGAACAGUUUUGGCAAGUUUAGGGGGCAAAAAGUGUAGGGUGGCUAAAGACAGGGAAGUAAAAUGGAAGAGAGACCAGAAUUCAGGCAGGAGCAAGAAUAAAGAUCUUUCAGGCAAGAAUAAGUCUUUGAAUCUAUAUGAGUAAUUUUUUAAACAAUUUUGAGUAGUGAAUUGACAUAUAAAUUUAUAGUCUUAAAAAAUCACUCUGGCUGCAGUGCUUAAUGGACACACGGGGAGAGUGAGGGGAUGGUCAGCCUGUUAUAGAAGGCCACUCGGGUGUGGUUAAUAGACAUGGAAAAAAAGUGGCAGAUUCCAGAAAUUCUUUGAGCAGUUUUAUUGAGGAAUAAUUGUAUACAAUAAAUGGCAUAUGUUUAAAGUAUACAAUUUGACAAUAUUUGAGAUAUAUAUACAUUUGUGAAACCAUUUGCCAUAAUCAAUAAAAAUAAUGAACAUAUCUGUCACCUCAAAACCUUGCUGGUACCCCUUUGUAACCUCUCCUGCCUCCACUCCCUACCACCCAUCCCCCAAUCCCCAGGCAGCUGUUGACCUGUCUCUUCUACAUUAGUUUGGAUUUUCUAGGAUUUUAUAGAAAUAAGCAUCAUACAGAAGGUACUCAGUUUUGUUUAGCUUCUUCCAAUCAGAAUAAUUAUUUUUGAGAUUCGUGUUGUACGUAUUAAUAAUUUAAUCCUUUUAUUGCUGAAUACUAUUUACUUGCAUAGAUAAUACCACUUUUUGUUUAUCCUUUGCCUAUUAAUGAACAUUUGGGUUAUUUUCAGUUUAGGAUAUUACAAGUAAAGCUGCCGUGAACAUUCAUGUGCUUUGUAUGGAUAUAUGAUUUUAUUUUUCUUACAUAAUGACCUAGGAAUAGAAUGCUGGAUUAGAUGGUAGGUAUAUGUUUACCUUUUGAUGAAACUGCUGAACUGUUUAACAAAAUGAUUGUAUCAUUUUACAUUUACCCCAGCUAUGAACUCUGAAAGUUCUAGUUGCUCUACAUUUUCACCAGCACUUGGUAGAGUUUGGUCUUUCAUUUUAAACGUUCUAAGAGGUAUGAAAUAGAAUCUCAUUGUGAUUUUUACAUUUUCCAUAAUGAAAAAUGAUAUCAGGCAUCAUUUCAUGUACUUGUCUACCAUCUGUUUAUCUUUUUUGAUAAAGUGUUCAAAAUCUUUUGUCAAUUUUUUUUUUUUCAGAUAGAGUCUUGCUCUGUCACCCAGGCUAGAGUGUAGUGACAUGAUCUUGCCUCACUGAAACCUCCAUCUCCAAGGUUCAAGUGAUUCUCCUGCCUCAGCCUCCCAAGUAGCUGGGAUUACAGGCACUUGCCACUGUGCCCAGCUAAUUUCAUAUUUUUUGAUAGAGACAGGGUUUCACCAUCUUGGCCAGGCUUGUCUCCAGCUCCUGACUUCAUGAUCCACCUGCCUCAGCUUCCCAAAGUGAUGGGAUUACAGGCAUAAGCCACCGUCCCUGACCUUUUGUCAAUUUUUAAUAGGUUUUUUUUUAAACUUUAAUUUUAGGUUUAGUGGUACAUGUACAGGCUUGCUGUAUAGGUUAACGUGUCAUGUGAGUUUGUUGUACAGAUUACUCAUCAUCAGGGUGCUAGGGCUAGUCCCCAGGAAUUACUUUUUCUGAUCCUUUCCCUCUUCCCACCCUCCACCCCCAGAAGAUUCCAGUGUUUGCAGUUUCCCUCUUUGUGUCCAUGUGUUCUCAUCAUUUAGCUCCCACUUAUAAGUGAGAACAUGCAGCAUUAGGUUUUCAAAGGAUAAUGACCUUUAGCUCCAUCUGUGUUCCUGCAAAGAACACAAUCUCGUUCUUUUUUAUGAAUGCAUAGUAGUCCAUGGUAUAUUUUUUAUGGCUGCAUAGUAUUCUGUGGUAUAUAUGUACCACAUUUUCUUUAUCCAAUCUGCCAUUGAUGGACAUUUAGGUUGAUUCCAUGUCUUGCUAUUGUGAAUAGUGCUGCAAUGAAUAUACACAUGCAUGUGUCUUUUUUAUUUAUGUAUUUUUAUUAUUAUAUUUUAAGUUCUUGGGUAAUGAAGCUGGAAACCAUCAUUCUCAGCAUGUGUCUUUGUGAUAGAACAAUUUAUAUCCCUCUGUGUAUAUAUCCAGUAAUGGGAUUGCUAGGUCAAAUGGUAGUUCUGUUUUUAGCUCAUUGAGGUAUUGCCACACUGCUUUCCACAAUGGUUGAACUAAUUUACACUUCCGUCAACAGUAUAUAAGCAUUCCCUUUUCUCCACAACCUCACCAGCAUCUGUUAUUUUUUGACAUUUUAAUAAUGGCCAUUCUGACUGGCAUGAGAUGGAAUCUCAUUGGGGUUUUGAUUUGCAUUUCUCUAAUGAUCAGUGAUACUGGGCUCUUUUUCAUAUGUUUGCUGGCCACAUGUCUGUCUUCAGAAAAAUGUUUGUUCAUGUCCUUUGCCCACUAUUUAAUAGGGUUGUUUAUCUCUUAUAAAUUUAAGUUCCUUAGCGGUGCUGGAUAUUAGACCUUUGUUAGAUACAUAGUUUGCAAGUAUUUUCUCCUUUCUCUAGUUUGUUUUACUCUGUUGAUAGUUUCUUUUGUUGUGCAGAGCUCUUAAGUUUAUUUAGAUCCCAUUUGUCAAUUUUAGCUUUUGUUGCAGUUGCUUUUGACAUCUUCAUCAUGAAAUCUUUGCCAGUUUCUAUGUCCAGAAUGAUAUUGCCUAAGUUGCAUUCCAGAGGUUUUAUAGUUUUGGGGUUUAUAUUUAUGUAUUUAAUCCAUCUUGGGUUAAUUUUUGUAUCUGGUAUAAGGAAGGGGUCCAGUUUCAAUAGUCUCCAUAUGGCUAGCCAGCUAUCCUAGCACCAUUUAUUGAACAGGGAGUCUUUUCCUCAUUGCUUGUUUUUCUCAGCUUUGUCAAAGAUCAGAUUGUUAUAAGUGGCCUUAUUUCUGGGCUCUCUAUUCUGUUCCAUAGAUCUAUGUAUCUGUUUUUGCUGUUUUGACUACUGUAGCCCUGUAGUAACAGGGUAACGUGUAGAGGUUGGGGAAUGUGAUACCUCUCACUUUGUUCUUUUUGCUUAGAAUUGCCUUGGCUACUCAAGCUCUUUUUGGCUCCUUAUGAAUUUUAAAAUAGUUUUUGCUAGUUCUGUAAAGAAUGUCAUUGGUAGUUUGAUAGGAAUAGCAUUGGAUCUUUAAAUUGCUUUGGGCAGUAUGGCCAUUUUAAUAUUGAUUCUUAUCCAUGAGCAUGGAAUGUUUUUCCAUUUGUUUGUGCCAUCACUGAUUUCUUUGAGCAAUGUUUUAUAAUUCUCAUUGUAGAGGUUUUUUGCCUCCUUGUUUAGCUGUAGUCCUAGGUAUUUUAUUCUUUUUGUGGCAAUCGUGAAUGGGAUUGCAUUCCUGAUUUGGCUCUCAGCUCGGCUGUGGUUAGUGUGUAGGAAUGUUUGUAAUUUUUAUAUGUUGAUUUUGUAUCCUGAAACUUUGCUGAAGUUGCUUAUCAGUUUAAGGAGUUUGGGGCCAAAAUGAUGGGGCACUUUUAGGUAUAGAAUUGACAUCUGCAAACUGAGAUAGUUUGACUUCCUCUCUUCCUAUUUGGAUAUUUUACUUCUUUCUCUUGCCUGAUUGCUCUGGUCAGGACUGCCACUAUUAUGUUGAAUAGGAGUAGUGAGAGACGGCAUUCAUGUCUUGAGGUAGUUUUCAAGGGGGAAUGCUUUCAGUUUUUGUUUAUUCAGUAUUAUGUUGGCUGUGGGUUCGUCAUAGAUGGAUCUUAUUAUUUUGAAGUAUGUUCCUUCAAUACCUAGUUUAUUGAGAAUUUUUAAGAUAAAGGUGUACUGAAUUUCAUCAAAAGUCUUUCCUGCAUCUAUUGAGAUAAUAGAUGUGGUUUUUGUCUUUAAUUCUAUUUAUGUGAUUAAUCACAUUUAUUGAUUUGUAUAUGUUGAACCAACAACCUUGCAUACAAGUGAUAAAGCCUACUUGAUUAUGGUGGAUUAGCUCUUUGAUGUGCUGCUGGAUUUGGUUUGCUAAUAUUUUGUUGAGUAUUUUUGCCUCAAUGUUCAUCAAGGACAUUGGCCUGAAGAUUUUUUUAUUUUGUGUCUCUGCCAGGUUAUGAUAUCAGGAUGAUGCUGGCCUCACAAAAUAAGCUGGAAAUGAUUCCCUCCUCCACAAUUUUUUAGAAUAGAUUCAGUAGAAAUGGUACCAGCUCUUUGUACAUCUGCUAGAAUUUGGCUAUGAAUCUCUCUGAUCCUGGGCUUGUUUUGGUUGGUAGGUUAUUUAUUCUUAUUUUGAUUUCAGAACUUGUUAUUGGUCUGUUAAGGGAUUUAAUUUAUUCCUGGUUCAGUCUUGGGAGGGUGUGUGUGUCCAGAAACUUCUCUAUCUCUUUUAGGUUUUCUAAUUUGUGUGCAUAGAGGUGUUCAUAGUAGUUUCCGAUGGAUGCUUGCAUUUCUGUAGCAUUGGUGGUUACAUCUCCUUUGUCAUUUCAAAUUGUGUUUGAUAAUCUCUCUUUUCUUCUUUAUUUAUUUAGCUAGUGGCUUAUCUAUAUUAUUAACGUUUGCAAAAAACAAAACUCCUGGGUCCAUUGAUCUUUUGAAUGGUUUUUCGUGUCUCAAUAUUCUUAUGUUCAGCUCUGAUUUGCAUUUCUUGUCUUCUGCUAGUUUUAGGGUUGCUUCACUCUUCCAUAAUUUUUUUAGUUGUGCUGUUGAGUUGUUAAUUUGAUACCUUUCUUGCUUUUUGAUGUGGGUAGUUAGUGCUAUGUAUUUUCCUCUUAACGCUGCCUUAGCUGUGUACCAGAAAUCAUUAUUUUGUAUUUUUGUUCUCAUUAGUUUCAAAUAACUUCUUGCUUUCUGCCUUAAUUUUAUUAUUUACCCCAAAGUCAUUCAGGAGUGGGUAGUUUAAUUUCCAUAUAAUUGCAUGAUUUUGAGUGAUGUUUUUAGUCUUGUUUUCUAUUUUUAUUGUGCUAUGCUCCAAGAGUGUGUUUGAUGUGAUUUUGGUUCUUUGCAUUUGCUAAGGAUUGUUUUAUAUCUGGUUGUGUGCUCAAUUUGAGUAUGUGCCAUGUAGUGAUGAGAAGAAUAUAAAUCCUGUUUUUUGGGAGUUGGAGAGUUCUUUAGAUUUCUGCCAGGUUCAUUUGGUCCAAUACUGAGCUCAGGUUCUGAAUAUCUUUGUUAAUUUCCUACCUCAAUGAUCUAAUAAUGUCAGUGGGGUCUUUAUGUCUCCCACUAUUAUUGUGUGGGAGUCUAAGUCUCUUUGUAGGUCUCUAAGAUUUUGCUUUAUUAGUCUGGGUGCUCCUGUAUCAGAUGCAUAUAUAUUUAGAAUAAUUAGGUCUUGUGGAAUUGAACUCUUUAUCAUUAUGUAAUGACCUUCUUUGGGCUUUUUUGUUUGUUUGAUCUUGGUUGGCUUAAAGUGUGUUUUGUCUGAAAUUAGGAUUGCAACCGCUGCUUUGUUCUGAUUUUCAUUUUCUUGUAGAUUUUUCUUCAUUCCUUUAUUUUGACCCUAUGGGGCUCACUGCAUUUUAAAUGGGUCUCUUGAAGACAGCACGCCCUUGGGUCAUGCUUUUUUAUCCAGUGCUAUUCUGUGCCUUUUAUUUAUUUAUUUAUUUAUUUAUUUAUUUAUUUAUUUAUUUAUUAUACUUUGAGUUCUGAGACACAUGGGCAGAACAUCCAGGUUUGUUAUAUAAGUAUACACGUGCCAUUGUGGUUUGCUGCACCCAUCAACCUGUCACUACAUUAGAUAUUUCUCCUAAUGCUAUCCCUCCCCUUAACCCCACCCCCUGACAGGCCUGAUGUGUGAUGUUCCCCUCCCUGUGUCCAUAUGUUUUCAUUGUUCAACUCCCACUUAUGAAUGAGAACACGCAGUGUUUGGUUUUCUGUUCUUAUGUUCAUUUGCUGAGAAUGAUGGUUUCUAGCUUCAUCCAUGUCCCUGCAAAGGACAUCAACUCCUUCUUAUUUAUGGCAUAGUAUUCCAUGGUGUAUAUGUGCCACGUUCUUUAUCCAGUCUAUCAUUGAUGGGCAUUUGGGUUGGUUUCAAGUCUUUGCUAUUGUGAACACUGCUGCAAUAAACAUACAUGUGCAUGUGUCUUUAUAGUAGAAUAAUUUAUAAUCCUUUGGGUAUAUACCCAGUAAUGGGAUUACUGAGUCAAAUGGUAUUUCUGGUUCUAGAUCCUUGAGGAAUUGCCACAGUGUCUUCCACAAUGAUUGAAUUAAUUUACACUCCCACAAACAGUGUAAGAGUUCCUGUUUCUCCACAUCCUCUCCAGCAUCUGUUGUUUCCUGAUUUUUUAAUAAUUACCAUUCUAACUGACAUGAGAUGAUAUCUCAUUAUGGUUUUGAUUUGCAUUUAUCCAACAACCAGUGAUGAUGAACUUUUCUUCAUAUGUUUGUUGCCUGCAUAAAUGUCUCCUUUUAAGAAGUGUCUGUUCUUAUCCUUUGCCCACUUUUGGAUGGGGUUGUUUUUUCUUGUAAAUUUUUUUAAGUUCUUUGUAGAUUCUGGAUAUUAGUCCUUUGUCAAAUGGAUAGACUGCAAAAAUGUUCUCCCAUCCUGUAGGUUGUCUGUUCACUCUGACAAUAGUUUCUUUUACUGUGCAGAAGCUCUUUAGUUGAAUUAGGUCCCAUAUGUCAAUUUUGGUUUUUGUUGUCAUUGCUUUUAGCAUUUCAAUCAUGAAGUCUUUGCCCAUGUCUGUGUCCUGAAUGGUAUUGCCUAGGUUUUCUUCUAGAGUUCUUAUGGUUUUAGGUCUUAUGUUUAAGUCUUUAAUCCAUCUUGAGUUAAUUUUUGUAUAAGGUAUAAGGAACAGGUCCAGUUUCAGUUUUCUGCAUAUGGCUAGCCAUUUUUCCCAACACCAUUUAUUAAAUAGGGAAUCCUUUCCCCAUUGCUUCCCCAAACCUGUUUUCGUCAUGUUUGUCAAAUAUCAUAUGGUUGUGCAUGUGUAGUGUUAUUUCUGAGACCUCUGUUCUGUUCCAUUGUUCUGAAUAUCUGUUUUGGUACCAGCAUGAUGCUGUUUUGGUUACUGUAGCCUUGUAGUACAGUUUAAAGUCAGGUAGCAUGAUGCCUCCAGCUUUGUUCUUUUUGCUUAUGAUUGUCUUUGCUAUACUGGCUCUUGGGGCAUGUAAUCCAUUUACAUUCAAUUUUAAUAUUGAUAUAUGUGCAUUUGAUCCUGUCAUUGUGUUGUUAGCUGAUUAUUUUGCCAGCUUGUUUGUGUGGUUGCUUUUUAAUGUCUCUGGUCUGUGAACUUUAGUAUAUUUUUGCAUUGACUGGUAACAGUCUUUCCGUAUUUAGUGCUGCUUUCAAGAUCUCUUGUAAGGCAGGUCUGGUGGUAACAACUCCCUCAGCAUUUGCUGUCUGAAAAGGAUCUCAUUUCUCCUUUACUAGGUAACCUUAGUUUGGUUGGUUAUGAAAUUCCUUGUUGAAGAUGUUUUUCUUAUAGAACUUUGAAUAUAGACCCCCCCCCCAAUCUCUUCUGGCUUAUAGGGUUUCUGCUGAGAAGUUUGAUGUUAGCCUGUUGGUCUUCCCUUAUUAAGUGACCAGCCCUUUCUCUCUAGCUGCCUUUAACAUUCUUUCUUUCAUUUUAACCUUGGAAAAAUCUGAUGAUUAUGUGUCUUGGAGAUGAUCUUUUUGUGUGGAAUCUUGCAGGGAUUUUCUGUGUUUUCAGAAUUUGACUGUUGGCGUUUCUAAGAAUGUUGGGGAAGUUUUCAUGGGCAAUACCCUGAAAUAGCUUUUCAAGUUGUUUGCUUUCUCCUCCUCCCUUUCAGUAAUGACAGUGAUUAAAAGAUUUGGUCUCUUUACAUAAUCCCAUAUUUCUCAGAGAUUUUGUUUGUUCCUUUUCAUUCUUCUUUCUUUAUUUUUGUCUGACUGCCUUAUUUCAUAAAGCUAGUCUUCAAGUUCUGAGAGUCCUUCCUUAGCUUGGUCUAUUCUGCUGUUAAUACUUGCAAUUGUAUCAUGAAAUUCUUGUAAUGUGUUUUGUAGCUCUAUCAGAUGAGUUAGGUAAUCUUUUAUGCUGCCUAUUUGUCUUCAGCCCCUGAAUCAUUUUCUUGUGAUUCUUACUUUUCUUGAGAUGAGUUUUGCCAUUCUCCUGAAUUUUGAUAAUCUGUGUUCCUAUCCAUAUUCUGAAUUCUAUUUCUGUCAUUUCAAACAACUAAGCUUUGUUAAGAACUUUUGUUAAAGAACUAGUAUAGUCAUUUGGAGAACAUAAGACACUGACCACUGGAGUUAUUGGAGUUCUUUCUCAUUUCUGCAUGUGGGUAGUCCUUUAAUUGCUGGGCUGCUUCUGAUUGAAGUGGUCAGGCAGGAGCAGGGUGGAUGUACUAGAGUUUGAGAUCAAGUGGCCCUACCCAACCCAGUGAGAAUAAGUGAGGGCUAGGACUGGUAUGGAGAACAAUCCAGUCACUUUUCUGUGAGGUAGGUGCUCUGGGGGUCUAAAACCAACCCCUGGUCCCUACAGACUCUCUAGAGCCUGGAGACAGCAAGGGUGAAGGCUGCAAGACAGCAAAGGUGGUAAUCCACCCUUCCCAGUGGGAGUUCUGUCCCAGGCAAUUGAAGAGCUGUUACUGGCUCAAUAGCCCCAGUAGCAGAUGGUGGAGUCCCAGGCCGGGAACACCCAUUCAGUGAGGAGAUACAGGAUUAAGGACCCACAUAAAAAAUAGUCUGGUCACUUUUUCAUAGAGCUACUGAAGUGUGCUGGGGGUCUGCUCCAGUCCCUAUUCACCUUGGAUUUUCCAGCACCUGAAGUUAUCAACAGUGAAGGUUAUGAAAUAGCAAACACUAUGGUCUGUCCCCACCUCUGGGAACUCUGUCCCAGGGAAGUUUGAAGCUGCUACUGGCUGGAAAACACCAGCAGGGGUGCUUGUAGAGCUCAGUUGGGAGAUUCCACCCAGUGAGGAGAAAUGGGAUUCAGGACCUGCAUGAAAAGCAAUCUGGCUGCUUCUUCAUAGAGCUGCUGUGCUGUACUGGAGGACUGCUCCAGUCCUUAGUCACCUUCGACUUCUUUGAGUUGGAAAACAUCAAUCUUGUAUUUAGGCACAGGAUGUAAGGGCUACUGGCAGAUGCUUCUGAUAGGGUUAUUUGUGUCUACCCAAAUCUCAUCCUGAAUUGUAGCUCCCAUAAUCCUCUUGUGUUGUGGGAGGGAUGUGGUGGGAGGUAAUUGAAUCAUGGGGGUGGGUUUUUCCCAUGCUGUUCUCAUGAUAGUGAACAAGUCUCAUGAGAUCUACUUGUUUUAUAAAGGGCAGUUCCCCUGCCCACACUCUCUUACCUGCUGCCACAUAAGAAAUGCCUUUGCUCCUCCUUCACCUUCUGCCAGAUUGUGAGGCCUCCUCAGCCAUGUGGAACUGUGAGUCCAUUAAACCUCUUUUUCUUUAUAAAUUACCCAGUCUCAGAUAUUUCUUCAUAGCAGUAUGAAAAUGGACUAAGGCAGCUUUCAUGAGACUGAGUUGGUAUUGUGAAGUUGAUUUUAUAAUCAUAUGUGUAAUCAUGGUGAUAUGACUCACAUAUCAGUCAUAUUUGUAAGCAGCAGUCAGUCUUUGUAUUAUUUCAUUUUCAUGCUGCUGAUAAAGACAUACCCAAGACUGGGUAAUUUAUAAAGAAAAGGGUUUAAUAGGCUCACAGUUCCACAUGGUUGGCAAGGCCUCACAAUCAUGGUGGAAGGCAAAAGGCAUGACUUACAUGAUGGCAGGCAAAAGAGAAUGAGAGCCAAAUGAAAGGGGAAACUUCUUAAAACAUCAGAUCUCAUGAGACUUAUCCACUACCAUGAGAACAGUCUGGAGAAAACUGCCCUGUGAUUCAAUUAUGUCCCACCAGUUCCCUCCCACAAUGUGGAAAUUAUGGGAGCUAUAAUUCAAGAUGAGAUGUGAGAGGGGACACGGAGCCAAACCAUAUCAUUCUACCCCUGGCCCCUCCCAAAUCUCAUGUCCUCACAUGCAUUACCAAAAGUCCCCCAAAGUCUUAACUCAUAUUAGCAUUAACUCAAAAGUCUAUAGUCCAAAAUCUUAUCUGAGACAAGGCAAGUCCCUUCUGCCUAUGAGUCUGUAAAAUCAAAAGCAAAUUAGUUACUUCCUAGAUACAAUGAGAGUAUAGGCAUUGGAUAAAUACACCUAUUCCAAAUGUGAGAAAUUGGCUAAAACAAAGGGGCUAAAGACCCCAUGCAAGUCCGAAAUCCAGCAAGGCAGUCAAGUCUUAAAGCUCCAAAAUGAUCUCCUUUGAUUUCAUGUCUCAAAUCCAGGUUACGCUAAUGCAAGAGGUGGGCUCCCAUGGUCUUGUGAAGCUCUGCCCCAUGGCUUUGCAGGGUACAGCCUUCCCCCCAGCUGCUUUCAUGGGCUAGUAUUAAGUGUCUGCAGCCUUUUCAGGUGCGCAGUGCAAGCUGUCAGCGGAUCUACCAUUCCGGGGUCUGGAGAAUGGUAGCCCUCUUCUAACAGCUCCACUAGGCAGUGCCCCAGUGGGGACUCUGUGUGGAGGCUUUAACCCCACAUUUCCCUCUACACUGCCCUAGCAGAGCUUCUCUAUGAGAGCCCCAGCCCUGCAGCAAAAUCUGCCUAGAGACCCAGACAUUUCCAUACAUCCUCUAAAAUCUAGGUAUACGUUCUCAAAUCCCGUUUCUUGACUUCUGUGCACCCACAGGCUUAACAGCCUUGCCAAGGCUUAGGGAUUGCACCCUUUGAAGCCAUGGCUCAAGCUGUACCUUGGCCACUUCUAGCCAUUGCUAGAGCAUCUGGGAUGUAGGACAUCAAGUCUCUAGGCUGCACACAAUAUGGGUACCCUGGACCUGACCCACAAACCCAUUUUUUCCUCCUAGGCCUGUAGGCUUGUGAUGAGAGGGGCUGCUGCACAGGUCUCUGGUAUGCCCUGGAGACAUUUUCCCCAUGUCUUGGUGGUUAACAUUCCGCUCCUUGUGACUUAUGCAAAUUUCUGCAGCAGUCUUAAUUUCGCCUUAGAAAAUGGGAUUUUCUUCUCUCUUGCAUGGUCAGAUUGCAAAUUUUCCAAAUUUUUAUGCUGUGUUUCCCUUUUAAAACUGAAUGCUUUUAACAGCACCUGAGUCACCUCUUGAAUGCUUUGCUGCUUAGAAAUUUCUUCUGCCAGAUACCCUAAAUCAUCUUCCUUAAGUUCAAAGUUCCAUAAAUCUCUAGAACAGGGGCAAAAUGUGGCCAGUCUCUUUGCUAAAACAUAGCAAGAGUCAUCUUUACUCUAGUUCCCAACAAGUUCCUCAUCUUCAUCUGAGACCACUUCAGACUGGAUUUCAUUGUCCAUAUCAUUAUCAGCAUUUUGGUUAAAGCCAUUCAACAAGUCUCUAGGGAGUUCCAAUUUUCCCACAGUUUCCUGUCUUCUUCUGAGCCCUCUAACUUGUUCCAAUCUCUGCCUGUUACCCACUUCCAAAGUUGCUUUCACAUUUUCAUGUAUCAUUAUAGCUAUGCCCUACUCCCAGUACCAACUUACUGUACUUGUUUAUUUUCACACUGUUGAUAAAGACAUACCCAAGACUGGGUGAUUUAUAAAGAAAAAGAGAUUUAGUGGACUCACAGUUCCACGUGGCUGGGGAGGCCUCACAAUUGUGGUAGAAGGUAAAAGGCAUGCUUACAUGAUGGCAGGCAAGAUAGAAUGACAGCCAAGUGAAAGAGGAAACCCCUUAUAAAAACAUCAUAUCUCAUGGGAGGCCGAGGUAGGCAGAUCACACAAGGUCAGGAGUUUGAGACUAGCCUGGCCAACAUGGCCUGUCUCUACUAAAAAUACAAAAAUUAGCUGGGUGUGGUGGCAGACACCUGUAAUCCCAGCUACUCAGGAGGCUGAGGCAGGAGAAUCACUUGAACUCAAGAGGUAGAGGUUGCAGUGAGCUGAGAUCAUCAUUGCACUCCAGCUUGUGCAACAAAAGCAAGAGUCCGUCUCAGAGCAAAUGAACAGACAACAACAAAAAAAAUCAUACCUCAUGAGACAUGUUCACUACCACAAGAACAGUGUGGUGGAAACUGUCCCCAUGAUUCAAUUAUCUCCCACCAAGUCCCUCCCACCACACAUGGGAAUUAUUGGAGCUACAAUUUAAGAUGAGAUUUGGGUAGGGAGACAGCCAAACUAUAGCAGUCUUUGUGGCAGAAGAGGGGAAGAGAAGCUUUCUAUUGUGAACACUGCCACACUUGAUUAUUUCCUUCUUUUUUGUCACAUUUCUCAUUAAUUUCCACCAGGAGGAGGCACACAGCCCAGUUCCCCUAGUCUUUCUUCCUAAAUCCCCCAUCUUUUUUUUUUUCCUUUCUCUUUAUUGAGUUGUGAGAGCUUUUAAAAUAUUUUAGA